UCAUCCGCAAUCUUAAAGCACCCUGGAUUGGAUCACCCGUCGUCUCGCUCCUUUCGAAAACCCUAAACGUUCGACGCGGCUACUGUUCUUCUAUCUCCAAAUGGCGUGGCGCGGAUCGAUCUCUGGAUCGCUUCUCGCUGCCGCGCGGUCCUACUCCCCCCGAUCGCCGCAUGCGGUUCGCCGACUCCCCUGUCCGCCCGUCGCCGGCCCCCGCCUCCAGCGCCGCCGCCUCCCCCUCUCCCCUCCCCGAUCUCUGGGAGAAUUAGGGUGCGCGCAGUCCUUCCUUCCACUUUACAGCGUGGUGGCCGCCCCUCGUCUCACCUCCCACCUGUCGGUCAGCGCGAGGGCGUGCUGUGAGCUCUCUCAGGGUACCUUCCGUCGCACUUGUCAAGAUCGCUAGUUAGUCCUCUCGCUGUCAAGUACCUGAAGGAAUUAGGAUCGCCGCAUGGUUGGUAAACGAAGGAUUCUUGAUAGGGGUUGUAUGAGAACCUGCUCAUGCAUUAACCGAAAGAUUUGGAGAAACUUUAAAUGGUCUCUUUGCUUGUGUCAAUGCAAGAAUAAGUGCGACUUUUGCUUCUGAUGAACAGCUGCUGGGGAAAUUAUGCUUCGCUGGUUUAAGUGGCACAUGCUUUCUUCAACUAGUGUUACAGUUAUAUGCAGUGUGCACAACCGAACUUGAUGUUGGUUGCUGCACUUAUUAUUACUUGUCAGCUGCUAUCCUCCAAACAAUUCCACUGCAAUUCAUGUAACAUAACAUUGUGCUCAUUUUCACUGUCAGUAGCAACCUGUAAUAGUUUACUUUCUAAA